GUGUCGCGAGGGAACACCAAACAGAUUAGUUGUCGUUCGACGUUGUAACGGUCUCCGUUGGAUCAUCGAAGCACAGAUCUCGAUACAAGCGACGUGAACAAAGAGAUCGCGAUACAUACUACGAAGCCGAAGGCGUUUAGCAAAUUUAACCAAGAAGAUCGUCCGAUUAUGGCAUUAUCGUUAGCCCUGCCGUUGUCCGGUCUGGACGCCGAUCAGUUUUGCGCGUUAGGGACGAGACUCCUCUACGAGCAAGGUCUGAGAGUUUUGACUGGCCGCAGGCCGAUCUCGCCUAGCACCGGAAGCGAAUCGAGUGGAAUCUGCAGCCUGGUACCUUCUAUCGAAUCGACGACACCGGAAGAAACGCCGGUUUCCAGCAGGCCGGACACGCCCGAGGAGGAAGCUACGGAAGAGAAAGAGGAUAAUCAACCGGUCCACAUAUACUACAAAGACCGGGACAUACUCAACCUAGGGGCGAACAUCAGAGAACCGUUCUGGCAGAUGAGGGUCCCGACGACGCCAAAAUGCGACUUCAAGAGCUUCAUGGAGAACCGAUCGGUGUUCUAUCGGCUCGGCGAGUAUGGAUUAAUGGAGGAGUACCCCAAGGUGAGCACCACGCUCCUAACCGACCACCACCCUGAAUUUAGACGAAUUCGAGGGACAGCCAUUUUAUUUUUGCGACAUUCGAAACACAGGACAGACGUAUAUUCGGACGCGCGGGACAUCGAGACUUUGUUGAGUAUUAAUUAGAUCGGAGACCCCUUCGGAGAGGUCCUAUCAAGGUGGUAAUAGUUCCGAGACGCGACAUUAUUCCGUUCGAUUUAGAACCGAAUUUUCCGGUGUCCCGACAACCGAGCGUGAAUCACUCGCGCAUCUUUCUGCCGCGCCGAAAGCAGCUCAAAGGAAGCAUCGAGUGUGUCUUCUCGGGAACGUUUCCGCUCGAAUCAUUCGGUACCCGCGGUGCUCCCCUCGGUGGUUUCUUCUGUGCCGAUGCUCGCCUGCUUCGUUUGGAGAGUCGUUAAGUUGGUCGGGCUCGCCAUCGUUUGGAAUUGAUAGAAUACGGGCAGAGAGACGAUCAGGCCGAUGGUCCAAUACUUCACGUUCAGGGAUUUCGGGAAAUAGGGAAGCUGGGUGAUUCUCGUGCCGACCAGCGAGAGCUUGGUUACCAUCGACUGCGUUGGUAUGUGUUCCAGCAGGGACACCAUUCUCAUGUUCUGAGAAACCAGACGAAUUUUAUGAUGGCACGGAUCGCUUGAAUCUUUUGAACGUGAAGGAAUUUUAUUCCGGGGGAAUAUGAAGUAUGGGAUUUUAGAACUGAAGAAUAGAAUUUUAGAAUUGGAGGAUAGAGUUUUAGAAUUGAAGUGUGGAAUUUUAGAACUAAAGAAUAGAAUUUUGGAAUUGAAGUGGGAAAUUUUAUAACUGAAGGAUAGAAUUUUAGAAUUGAAGAAUAGAAUCUUAGAAUUGAAGUGUGGAAUGUUAUAACUGAAGGAUAGAAUUUUAGAAUUGAAGAAUAGAAUUUUAAAAUUGAAGUGUGGAGUUUUGUAACUGAAAAGAACAGAAUUUUAGAAUUAAAGAAUAGAAUUUUUAAAUUAAAGUAUAGAAUUUUAUAAGUGAAAAAUAGAAUUUUAGAAUUGAAGAAUAGAAUUUUAGAAUUGAAGUGUGGAAUCUUAUAACUGAAGAAUAGAAUCUAAGAAUUGAAUUGUGGAAUUUGAUAACUGAAAAAUAGAAUUUUAGAAUUAAUGAAUAGAAUUUUAGAAUUGAAGUGUGGAAUUUUAGAACUGAAGUGUGGAAUUUUAGAAAUGAAAUGUGGAAUUUUAGACUCGAAGUGUAGAAUUCAGAAUUGAAGUAUGGAAUUUCAAGAUCGAAGUAUAGAAUCUGAAUACUGAAGAAUAGGUUUUUGGGAAUGAAAUAUACGAUUUUGUCGACACGCACUUUCGGAAGUUUGUUCUUGAGGCUCGAUAUCCUGACGUCCUUGAUUUUGUCGUGAACCUGACGGUACCGAGUCGUCAAAUAAUUCUGCAUGGUUAAUUUGUCUCCACCAGCUCCACGACUUGCCAAAAUCAAUUACCGACGAACUAUAGAGAAUAUCUGUGAAACAGACGCUCGUGAAUCCUGCUGAGAUUGAGGAAUUCGAUCAUUCCCUCUCUGCUGCCAAGAUUCUGUCAAAACUCUGUCAUUUUGGGCGAUUCUAAAACAUCGCGAACAAAAUCAUCGCGAUAGACGUUCGCAGCGAAAAUUUGUUGUGAAAUAAACGAAAUCGUAGAAGGCGUGGUUUCGCGGUCAAAUCAAAUUGAUAUCGUGAUGCUUUCUCGCAGGAAUUUUUGAACCUCUGUUGACUCAAAUUAAACCUUGAAGUGCGUACUUUUCUGUAAGUUUAUUUUGAUUUAAAAGAAAGUUGUAGACGACUUUGGAAAAAUAAAACAUCCAGAUCCAUAA